AGCAGCUGCAGGGCUAAACUUUCUGCAUCUUCUGAGUGUCAAAGAGCUCUGUGUGUACUUAUUGAGUGAUAAAGAGAACAUACACCUCCAGCCGCCACCUAGUACCAGGAGGCUUUGUGGGACAAUCGCAGUGUAAAGUGAUCAGACAGCAAAUAGGUCAUCAUGGCAACCACCCAAGGAAUUAACUUAAGACAGUUUGAAGCAAGUUUCCUGUCGGCCCACAACAAAUAUCGGAAGCUGCAUGGAUCACCGCCUCUCCGGCUGAGCCGCAACCUCUGCAGUUCAGCACAGAGGUGGGCUGACUACAUACUGUCCAUCAGAGUCCUUCAGCACAGCAACUGGCAAGGCCUGGGAGAAAACAUAUACACCAAGAGCUCCUCCGUCCCCAUAGAUCUGUCAGGUAAUGAAGGAGUGGACUGCUGGUAUGGAGAGGUCCAGAAAUAUAACUACAGCAGACCUGGCUUUUCCUUUAGCACAGGGCACUUCACCCAGGUUGUGUGGAAAGACUCAAAGGAGGUUGGCUAUGGUGUGGCCACAGAUGGCAAGCGGGUCUAUUAUUUGGUGGCCCAGUACAGCCCAGCGGGGAACGCUUCAAGCUAUUUUCAGAGCAACGUUCUGCCUGCUGGAAGCAGAUAACCAACAAAGAACUACAGCAACCAGAAUCCUAUUUCAGACAGCAAUACAGUUUGAACUAUAUCUAGUAUACGAUUUAUUUGGUCCCGAAGAAGCGGGGGAUCCGGUGAAAUGUGUGACCAGAGUACUAUCAAAUUACUCAGCAACUGAAUUCAAACUUUAUAUCGGCUUCAUCUUCUCACUUUGUACUAUAUACACAAUGAUGUUUUAAUGUAUUUUUUAACAUGUAAUCCAAUAAAAUUUGUAAAGCUUUUCCCAGCAA